AUGUCAGACGUCAAGGAAGAGCCGGCAGCCGGCAGCCAAAUAGUCAAAGAAGAGAUCGACAUUAAGAAAGAGGGUGUAGACAGCAACGACGGCAGCGUACAGGACGGUGCCACAAUUGGAGAUACAAACGCAAAAAAAACAACUCAUAGCGGGGAUAGUGAUAGUAGUAGUGAUGGUGAAGAGAAUGACACAGAGAUCAAAGAGGAGUUAUUAGAGGACGGCACAAUGAGUGACGAUGCUGAAGCCCCGCCCAAGAAAAAGCAGCGACUUUUCUAUGGCAGUCUGGAAGAGACUAUGAAGCAGAAGAAAACUGGCGACAGUAUAGCUGAGGGUAUUGCUGCAGGGAAUAUCAACCUAGAUCGCAGGCCAAAAGCGAAGCUGGGGCCGGAUGGUAUGUUGAUGUGA